CGAUGCUCUACGCCACCGCCGCACUCGCCCUCCUCGCCGCCUCGCAAGGCGUCGAGGCCAACAUGCACCGCAUGAAGCUCCACCGCCUCGAAGCUGCCUCGUCCGACCUGUCGGCCCAGACGGCCCACCUCGCCGACAAGUACGCCGCGCGCCUCGGGUUCGGCAACUCGCAGCGCCCGUUCUCGUCGCGCAAGGCGGGCACGUACCCGCCCAGCCGCGACGACGAGUUCCACACCAUGCUCGAGCAGGACCAGUUCAACGACCAGCUCGCAAAGGGCGGCCACGGCGUGCCCCUCACCAACUACCUCAACGCCCAGUACUUCGCCGAGAUCACGCUCGGCACCCCGCCCCAGUCGUUCAAGGUCAUCCUCGACACCGGCUCGGCCAACCUGUGGGUCCCGUCGACGCGCUGCUCGUCGAUCGCGUGCUUCCUGCACAGCAAGUACGACGCGACCGCCUCGUCGACCUACAAGGCCAACGGCACCGAGUUCAAGAUCCAGUACGGCACGGGCUCGCUCGAGGGCGUCAUCUCGAACGACGUCAUGACGAUCGGCGACCUCGAGAUCAAGAAGCAGGACUUUGCAGAGUCGACCGUCGAGCCGGGCCUCACGUUUGCGUUCGGCAAGUUUGACGGCAUCCUCGGCCUCGGGUACGACACCAUCUCGGUCCAGCACGUCGUCCCGCCGUUCUACAACAUGCUCGCCCAGGGCCUCCUCGACGAGCCCGUCUUUGCCUUCUGGAUGGGCUCGGACCCGGAGCAGGGCGAGGCGACGUUUGGCGGCCUCGACGCGCGUCACUACACGGGCAAGAUCGACUACGUGCCCGUGCGCCGCAAGGGCUACUGGGAGGUCGAGCUCGAGAAGGUCAAGUUUGGCGACGAGGUGCUCGAGCUCGACAACACGGGCGCCGCCAUCGACACGGGCACGAGCCUCAUUGCGCUCCCGACCGACAUUGCCGAGAUCAUCAACCGCGACAUUGGCGCCAAGAAGGGCUGGAACGGCGCCUACACCGUCGAGUGCUCGACCGUGCCGAGCCUCCCCGCGCUCACGCUCUACUUUGGCGGAAUUCCGUACAAGCUCGACGCGAAGGACUACAUUCUCGAGGCGCAGGGCACUUGCAUCUCGGCGUUCCAGGGCCUCGACAUCCCGGCGCCGCUCGGCCCCAUCUGGAUCAUCGGCGACGUCUUCCUGCGCAAGUUCUACACCGUCUACGACUACGGCCGCAGCGCCGUCGGCUUCGCCAAGUCGGCCUAAGCGCCCUCGCUUCCCCCCUCCCUCCCUUGCUCCAUCCUCGCGCACCUGCGCCCUAUCCCAACCCCUCCCUCCUCCUCCCCUUGCUCCUCUCCCACCUUGCCCUGUAUCCUCCCCCCUCGAUUCUCUCCACAAAUCCCCACAACGCCCGACCCGACUCUCUUUCAGUUUCUCCUUGUCACACACUCGCAAUCUUCGAACCAAACACAGUCGCUGUUGAACCUCGGG